AUGACCAGUGGUUCCACUGCCCUCACCAAAAAGCAAAAGAAGGCUGCAAAAUUCAAAUCCAAACGGAAAUCUGAUGAUCUAGAAACUAUAACAACCACAGACGAUGAAGAUCCUGGGGAAGCAGGGGCUGAGAAGACUUCAACUGUUGCAACUGAUACUGAUGCCAAUGUUUCUACUCAUACCGCCGAUUCUGUUUCGCAGACACAAAAAGACAAGGAGAAAGCAUCAUCAGAAAAGCCUAAAAAUGGAAAUCUAAGAACUGUGUUUGAAGAAGAUGGGACUACACGCGAGGAAUUAGUAUCAAAACCACCGUUCAAAGAAAAUGGCAUGAAGUAUAUUGUUUUUGUCGGCAACAUGUCCUUUGAUGUAACAGCAGACAUGCUCGCCAAGCACCUCGGUGAAACAUGUGGUGAAGUUCCUAUGGUGCGACUCCUUACGAAAAAGGCUGAUCCUAAUGCAUUGACUGGUCUUUCAAAUUCUAAGAAAAAAUCUAUUGCAAAGGGAAAAGCUAAAGAUCCUUCAGCUCCUGUCUCGAAAGGCUGCGCCUUUGUCGAGUUUACGAACAAAGCAUCAUUGCAAAAAGCACUUCGGUUCCAUCACACUAUGUUCCAUGGUCGCCAGAUCAACGUGGAACUUACUGCUGGUGGGGGCGGCAAAAGUCAGCAUCGCAAAGAGAAAAUCAAAGCCAAGAACGAGAGCUUGGAUAAGCAGAGACGUAAGCUUCACGAGAAAUACGUCAAACCCGCUGCUGAGGAGCAUAAGCGCAAGGUUUCAGAAACCUUUACCCAAGAAAAGGCUCUACCUGGCUGGGACAAGGGCCAAGAGGGUUCACGGCCACCAAAGCGGUCCAAAUUUGCAAGCGGUGCCAAUGCUGUGCGUCUAGGAUAA